GUGCUUCCAGAACGCAGACUGGCUGAUCACAGAUGAAAACAUACUCAAGGUGCAUUACCCCAAACUGGAAGUGUCAGAAGACUGCCUGUACCUUAACAUCUACGUGCCUGCCCAUGCAGACUCUGACUCCAAGCUCCCUGUCAUGGUGUGGUUUCCCGGGGGCGCCUUCGAGACUGGCUCAGCCUCCAUCUUCGACGGGUCUGCCCUGGCUGCCUUCGAGGACGUUCUGGUUGUGACUAUCCAGUAUCGGCUGGGAAUAUUUGGCUUCUUUAACACAGGGGACCAGCAUGCUCCAGGGAACUGGGCCUUCCUGGACCAGGUGGCUGCCCUUACCUGGGUCCAGAAGAACAUCAACCUCUUUGGAGGGGACCCACUCUCCGUGACCAUCUUUGGCGAGUCAGCGGGAGCCAUUAGUGUUUCUGGCCUUCUUCUGUCCCCACUGACCACUGGCUUAUUCCACAAAGCCAUCAUGGAGAGUGGAGUGGCCAUCAUCCCUUACCUGAAGGCUGCUGAUGAUGCUAGGAGUAAGGAUUUGCAGAUGAUUGCAGAUGCCUGUGGUUGCAAGGCCUCAGACUCCCCUGCCUUGCUGCAGUGCCUGAGGGCAAAAUCGUCUGAGGAGCUGCUCAACAUCAGCCAGAAAACCAAGUCGUUCACUCGAGUGGUUGAUGGAUUUUUCUUUCCUGAGGAGCCUCUAGAUCUAAUGACUCAGAAACAAUUCCAUCCAGUUCCUUCUAUCAUCGGAGUCAGUAACCAUGAGUGUGGCUUUCUGCUGCCCAUG